AUGCAGAUGAAAUUCUGGUUUGAGGUAGUGAUGAACGAGUGCAAACCUGCUCAACUUCCAGCUGUACCUCCUGGAAGGCCUGAACAGGUGGAACCAAACCAAAACCGGGCAGCGGCCUCCAUCACCACCAAGCGCAUGGCGCUGUUGACGUACGCGGGGGACGUGCUGGAGUCCGUCAACAGCAACAGCCUGAAGGUUUUUGGAAGGAAGUAUGUCCCCUCCUUCAUCCCGCCGAGAAAGUACACCGGAGAGUUGCUUGGGGUGAACUACCUGCUUAGGCAGACAGGGCAGCCCUUGCAGGACAUGGACCCCGACUCUGAGGAGACAGACCAGCUGCUGGAGGACCACGCCACAGAGGAGGAACAGGCGGAUGAAGGGUUUGAGGAUGAAGGACAGGACCUCACUAUCGGUAGUGUUUCGGAAGACUUCCCCUCUUCCGCCCUGUCUUCUACCACCCUGCCUGUGGUCCCCACCCUGCCACUCACCUCCUCCACCCUGCCUUCCACCACCCUGCCUGUGGUCCCCACCCUGCCACUCACCACCUCUAUCCUACCUGUCACCCCCACCACUCUGCCUGUCACCCCCAUGCCUGUAGCUACCACCCUGCCUCCCCCCAUAACCCAGCCCUGUGUCCCAGGUGCCUCCUCUCAGGUGCCUGAAGAAAAGCUGGCUGUGGACGAGCAUGGCAUGCCAGGCAUGGAUCGGGUGGAUAGACUGGCAGAGUGCUUAGUGGAGCUGAGGCAUCAGACCAACAUGACCCUCCAUAACCAGCAGGUCAGCAACAUUGUGGGGCUGUGGCAAGACCUGCUGGAUUAUGACAAGCAGAGGGUGGUGUUUGCUGCGCGGCACCUGGACAGGCUCAUCAAGGGGCGGUUCCGCCACAAAAAAAAGGUGGAGUUCACGCCAGGUGUGGAGAGUGUGGAGAGGUGUGUCCUGGGGUCCACUGGUUCGCCUGCUCAGUGGCCAGACUGCUGCUGCCUUGUGGAGGCCAUCUUCGUCCGGCUCUCGGACAUCCACAAGAGUCCCAGGAAGCAGGGGAAGAACUGCAUGUCCAGGUGGACUCUGAUCCUGCAGGACUACCGCAAGGUCCGGCAUCUCAUCCUGGGCAACGGGGCCAUCAUGCCACCACCCUGCAGCUGGUGGAGGUGA